UAUGUCUGACAAACCUAAAGUGUACCAGGGAGUUCGGGUGAAGACCACUGUCAAAGAAUUACUUCAGAAGCGCAGAGCCCUUCAGGCGGCAGAAUUGAGAAAUCCCCAAGCCAUUGUGCUCCCUCACGACAUCUGUCCUGCGCCGUUGACUGCGGCCCAUCUAGAUAUUUUAUCCGGGAGGUCGGCGCAAGACUUCUAUUUCCAGCCUCGGCAGCUUUCUGACAGUGUACAUAUCUCGAUGGAAGACACAUUUGAUAAUCAACUUUUGAUGAUAGCGCCUGAGAACAUGAUAGCGCCUGAGAACCUGUGCGGCGACAUGGCGUGUCCGGCCGCCUCCGCGCAGUGGCCGCACGAAUGUAUCCCCUCGUGCACGGAUUAUUACAACAACACCUUUACUUCAAGAUCCCCACCGCCUUCCUUCAGUCUACCCAGUCCAGUCGACUACAACAGUUACUCGUCCCCCGAUUCCCACUCGUCCUCCUCAUCAUGCUACAGUUCUCCCACGCGGAUGGACAUGAGCUCUAGUUUUGGUCCAGAGCACAACCACUACCAGCACUGCAGCUUCCAGCACUGCCUCUGCCUGUCUGACUGGGCCAGUCUGCAGGAUGGCGUGCCGGCCUCCGAGCACGCAUCGUACGGCGCCUCAGACUGCUUUUAUUCCUCCUUCGGGGAAGACACUUAUUGUAGAAGGGAUUCUUCAAGCUCAGAACUGUGCUACCUAUAAGACCAGUUUGUCUACCGGUUUUUACAGUGUCAUGAACCAUUUCAUUGUUUUGAUUAAACAAUCAUCUGAUAAUAGCUUUUAGCAAAAUGUAGAGCUCACGAGUAAAUUGGUCAUGGUUUAGUAGUCACACGUGCCAUGGCAACAGGAGUAAGAAACUAGUUUUACAGAACUUAAAACGUUUGUUAAUAUCAGUUACGAACAAAUGAUUUGUUUUUUUUCUCAAUAAAAUACUAUUUU